ACUUAGCAGGCGGCUAAGAGGGCACACGCGCAGUGUCUCUCCGGCUACAGUUACACCAAGCAGCGGCACUCACCAGGCUGCCGCGCACCCACCAACCACAAGAGUUUAAGCGACAGUAGCCAUGGGCGAAAUGGGAAAGCCAUCUACUUUACGCAGAAGGUUGCCUCAGCUGUUUGCGGCUCUCUCAGCGACGCUGGGCGGCUUUUCGCUGGGCGCGGUGCUGGGUUGGACGUCGCCCGCCUCGAAGCCGCUGCGCCGGCAGCUGGGCCUGUCCGACGAGACGGUGUCGUGGCUGGCGGGCGUGACGCCGCUGGGCGCCCUGGCGGCCAUGCUGGCGGCGGCCGUGUUGCUGGACCGCGUGGGCCGGCGGCGCGCGCUGCUCGCCACGGCGCCGCCCUUCGUCGCCGGCUGGCUGCUGCUCGCCUUCUGCCGGCACCCCGCAGCACUGCUCGUCGGCCGCUUCGUCACCGGCUUCUGCGGCGGCGCCUUCUCCACCGCGGCGCCCGUCUACAUCGGGGAGAUCGCCGAAAAAGAUAUCCGCGGCGCUCUCGGCGUCUGCUACCAGCUGCUGCUCACUGGAGGUAUCCUGUACGUGUACGUGGUGGGCAAGUGGGCCCCGCUGGUGUGGCUGUCCGUGGUGUGCGCCAUCCCGCCCAUCCUCUUCUUCGUGCUGUUCUUCUUUGUGCCGGAGUCGCCCAUCUUCCUGCUGUCCAAGGACAGGCGGGAGGAGGCCAUUCGAGCUCUGCACUGGUUCCGCGGUGGCGAUGAGGCUGACAUCACCGACGACCUGGCCGAGAUGGAGCAGUCUGUGACGGAGACAAAGGAGCGCACUGGCUCUCUGCGGGACAUGUUCACGUCUCGCGCGGCGGUGCGGGGCCUGGCAGUCGGCGUGGGCCUGCAGCUGGCGCAGCAGCUGUCCGGCGUCAACAUCAUCAUCUUCUUCUCCGUGCCCAUCUUUGUGGCCGCCGGCACCUCCAUGGACCCCAGCGACUGCGCCAUUGUUGUCGGCGUCGUCCAGGUGGCGUCGACGCUGCUGUCCGCCCUGCUGGUGGAGCGAGCGGGCCGCCGCGUGUGGCUGGUGCUGUCGCUGUCGGGCAUGGGAGCCUGCAUGGUGGUGCUGGGCGUCUACUUCCACCUCAAGCAGCACAACGCCGCCGCCGUGGCCGGCGUCGGCUGGCUGCCGCUGCUCGCCAUGUGCGCCUACCUGCUCACCUUCUCCCUGGGCACCGGCCCGCUGCCCUGGGCCAUGAUCGGAGAGCUCUUCCCCGGCGAGAUCAAGGGCAUCGCCAGCUCCAUCUGCGGUGGCGCCAACUGGAUCCUCUGCUUCAUCGUCUCCAAGACGUUCACCAACCUGGUGGGCGCUUUCGGCACUGCCAUCACCUUCUGGGUGUACGCGGGCAUCUGUUUCGUGGCUGCCACCUGGAUCUUCUUCUUCGUCAUCGAGACCAGAAACAAACCACUUGCGCAGAUACAGAAGGAACUUGCGGGGAAGUCGUGAACUCCUUCGUGAUGCGUGCCUGUCCCUGUAAUCGGAUGCGAGAGCCAGUUCACGACAUCAGCCAAUAAUAAGUUUAAUUUUGAACUCUUCUCCACGACAAACUCUGACGAAUCGCCGCUUCCGUAUUUCAUUCGCUUUUGUCUCAGGUCCCACUCCUUUUUGUCGCAAAACUGGCAUAUUGACUUUUUUGGGACAAGUCCACAAUCAGUGAUUUUAAAAGACAUUUUAUUGUUCGUCUACAGGGUGAAAAGUAUUUAAACCGACAAACUCUGGGAGGUUGUAGGGGGCAUCAAAACAAAUAUUUUUCCCUAGUGUCAUUUUUUCCUAUGAGGUUUAUUUAAACCGGUGGAGGCAGUAUUACGCUCAUCAGUUGUUAGACACCGUAUUAUGAUCUUCAGUUGUUAGAGGGCGUAUUACGCUCUUCAGUUGUAGGCAACUGCUGUCCAACAGGGUAGUACUGCAUUGUCUCUGUUUACUAAUGGAACGAUACACCUGCAGUGAGUACACUGAUAUGGUUGGUGCGUACUACGUAGCGCACCACAACGGACGAGCUGCACAGCGAGUUUAUCAACAACAAUAUCCUAAUCGCCGUAUCCCGCAUCAUAUGACCUUUUCUGCUGUGUACCAACGUCUGCGUGAGACUGGGUUAUUUAGCAGAUUACCUGGACAGGGACGCAGUCGCACGGUCAGAACGCUGCAAUUUGAGGAAGCUGUCUUGCAGCAUGUGGAGCGGGAUCCUUCAAUCAGUGCGGUUCUUCUUUAAUGUGUGGGUCGGUGUUGUUGGGGACUGUUUAAUUGGGCUGCAUCUGCUACCUAGACCAUUAAAUGGCAGGCGCUAUUACAAAUUUCUCGCCAGGGCAUUGCCAGAACUGCUGGAAGACGUCCCGCUCCCUACAAGACAACGCAUGUGGUUCCAACAUGACGGGGCGCCGGCACAUUUCGGUCGUCGUGUGCGUCGACUCCUGGACCGACGGUUCCCAGAAACGUGGAUUGGCAGAGGUGAUCCUGUACCAUGGCCUGCUCGAUCCCCAGAUAUGUCUCAUCUUGACUUUUUUUCUGUGGGGAUAGAUGCGCAACCUUGUUUGCGCAACUCGUCUUGCAUCAGAAGAGGAUCUGGUUGCUCGGAUAGUAGCAGCAGCAGGAACAAUUCAAGAUAAUCCUGGGAUUUUUGAGCGUGUAAGACAGAACAUGAUCCGUCGGUGUAACCUUUGUUUAUGUGUCAAUGGUGGCAUUUUUGAAAAUGUAAUGUAACUGAAAUUGGAUUGUGUUAAUGUGUUGUCUCUUGGUUAUAAAAAAUGGAAAAGUGUUUGUUUGUUCAGUUAAUUUGCGACCAGAGAAAUCUUCCUCUACCAGUUUAAAAACUCCUCAUAGGAAAAAAUGACAUUAGGGAAAAUUUUUUGUUUUGAUGUCCCCUAUAACCUCGCAGAGUUUCUCGGUUUAAAUACUUUUCACCCUGUAGAGAUGUUAUAUCUCUAACGUUAUGGUUUUUUAAGCGUCAUCGAAAUAUGUUCAGAUGCUCAUAGAUAAGAAAAAUAAAAUAACUAAUCAUAAAAACACGCAACACGGCAAAUGCAGCUAUUACACCAGAUAAAUUUUAAUACAUCAGGUUUUACAUAUGGUCUAAUAGAAACACGGUGUAUCUCAUGUCACGCUAUGUUUUUUUUAAUUUUUUUAUCUCUAGAAAUCUAAAGAUGGUUCGAUGGAAAUGGAACCAGUCAUAACAUUAGAGAUAGAAGCAACCUAGACGGAUCAUAAAUAUGUUGUAACCUCCGUUUUGUCUCCUUUUGCUUUUGUGACGUAACAUUCGCAAUGACGGUGAAUGGAAAUUCUGUGAUUCACAUGCUUCAAAUAGUUACUGUGAGCUCCCUUCGGAAAGAAGUCUCCUUACAAAAAGUCAUCGUGAGAAUCUCUGGCGGAGAACGAAAACAACAAAGAAAAAAAGAUGCAUGGCGUCUCAAGGCAUGUCCCAACAAGUUCAUCUUCAUCCAAAAUUUACCUAUAUACGUCAGUAACAGCUAUCUAUUAUCUUUGUAUUUUUUUUAGUUUUCAUUGCUUUUCAUGUAUCUCUUCAUGCACAUUUGUUACGUAUCUCUCAUCUAAAUCUACUUAAAUGUCUCGGAAGCCACUGCAGAGUACGGUCUUGAGACAAAUCUGUUAGUAGCUUUAGUAAAAAGAUGUUACUAGUAUAUUCCUAAACUUUUCAAAUAAUGCUCGAAGCAAUAUGUUGCACAUUGUUUUAGCAAGAAAUGGUUACUAAAAAACUCUUGAGAAAUGAUGCUGAUUUCGAUUUUCGCAAACUAUUCCUUCUCGGCUGAUAAGUUCCUAGCAAAGUCAUUAAAAAAACAUUAACCACAGGUGGUACUUUUUCGAAUAAAGGCGUUUAUUUUGUACAAUUCCUUACAAUUAUAAAUGGACAAACGUGGUAAGAUGUUACAGUUUACUACUAUGGGUAUGUAUUGAAAUUAUAUUACCUCCACGAUUGUUCCAUAGUAUUACCUCUGUGCAAUUUAGUACGACUUACGGUUCCUAUAUAUCUUACCGCCUUUCAGAAGGGCAAUUUCAGGGGCACUGUUACUUUUUCGCGGAAUUCUGUCGAAUAGGUAGUUGUUAGUAAACGGAUCCAUUGAACACCUCUGAGUUUUUACCAGCAGAUGUCAGCUACAUGUGCUGUGUUAUUCCUCUUCCAAUAUGUGCUCAAGAAUAACUGAAUAUCCGCAAGGACUACGUGUAUUAUCAGCAACAGAUGUCACCAAACCAAGGCAUUAAAUAAGAAGCGAUCUUCAAAUUCUCGUGCAAACACGUCAACUGCUCGCUAAGGGUCAGCGCAAUCAAAGUGUUUGUCAUUUUAGUUUGUGUUAGAUAUGUAAACUGUUUGUAGUGUAGGCAACACUUACAGUGUUAGUCUCUUGCAUGCCAAACGUUUGGAUGCCACUGGAAACAACGAAUGAGCACAAUCAGUUGUUAUGCUCUCUAUCUGAUUGACGCCCCAUGUAUUUCCUUGUUGCUAACGGCAACAAUAUUUUAAAAUGUGUGUCCGGUACGACAGGUACUCACCCUUUUUUAAUAUGCGUUCGAAGCAAAACAACGAAAAAAUGAUGUACGCAAGCAGUUUUGUCAAACGUAUGUAUGCAUCCAAGUAAAUAUUACAUCCUUUUUUUCCUCCUAUUUGCUAAUACAUUAGUUAAAAGCGACUAAGUCAAAUUGCAGAAAGUUUCUUUUCUACAGCCAACGUAUUUAAAUCACUAAAUCCGUCUCGAAUAACUGAUGUUGUUAAAUGCCUGUAUGUAUCUAUGUUCGGAGAAACUCUUUUCCUUUAAUAAAACAUUUACUACUAAUGCAAAUACGUUA